CAUACAUUUCUCCGACAGCGUCUCGAGCAGGUUACUGAGUGCUAUAAAUACAACAGCGCGCGCAUCACUCCACACGCAGUCCACUCAAACUAUUGAAACUGCGAUCUCCGUCGCGCGGUCUGCGCUUUUUAUCGACUUUAUCUUCUUUUUCACAUUUUUGCGGACUAUGUAUACUAUUGAAACUACAAAACUGCCUUUUAGGGUGGGAAUAAGUACUGGAAUAUCUCCCCCUCUGGAUAAGUAAUAAGGCUUUUCGGACUUAUCGAAUGAUGGGAGCCUGAAAUCGCCUUUCGAUUCUUUAAUUUGUACCACUCGUGCUAAUGCUGUUAACAGUCCCGUAUGAAGAUGCUGUUCAGGCGGGAUGAUCUCAAAUGCCAUGUAUCUCGAAGGUUAAUGGUGCUUGCCUCAUAGCCUGGAGAUGUUAGCCAUCCAACACUGCAACGAUUCAACCCUGGUUGCUGAUGAACCACUCAGCAAUGAGACCCAGAAGGUCACUGGGGUUGCACCAGUGCGAUGCAAUGAAAAUCUCACCCCCCCUUCAACCAACCCCACGGCAGCUGGCCUGUCCAUGACACUGGGCAUCGUGUCCAACAUCAUAGCACUGAUGAUCCUGGUGAAAGCUUACGCUCGCAUGCAGAAGCGCUCGAAAGCGACGUUCCUGCUCUUUGCCAGUUGUCUAGUGGCCACGGACCUUGCCGGUCACGUCAUUCCCGGUGCGCUGGUUUUGCACCUUUACUUCUCCGGCUCUGCCGGAAGACAUUGCAACCAACCCGAUGCCAUCUGCCAAUUCUUGGGCGGCAGUAUGGUGUUCUUCGGCCUUUGCCCACUCUUUCUUGGGUGUGGUAUGGCAGCUGAGAGGUGCAUGGGCAUAACGCGGCCUCUCCUGCAUGCCCGAGUUGUGUGCACAGCCCACACCAAGAUGGUGCUGGUAAUGAUAUGGUUUUUGGCUUUAUCUGUAGCACUGCUGCCAUACUUCCGUUUGGGCACAUAUGCCUAUCAGUAUCCAUGGACAUGGUGCUUCAUUAAAGUGUUAGAGGACACAAGCAUCACAGAUGUGGUAUUUGUGCUGCUGUUUUCUGGACUGGGACUGGCUUCACUGGCUGUGGCUUUUAUCUGCAACACAAUCAGCGGAAUGACGCUUGUGAUUGCCCGUCUCCGCCAGAGGACGUGCCACCGGAGAUCAAACAAAUCACAUGACAUUGAGAUGGUGGCUCAGCUUGUGGGCAUCAUGGUCACGUCCUGUAUCUGCUGGAGCCCUCUGCUGAUCUUUGGUCUGAUGUCGGUCAUCCGCUCGUACAGUGGCUCAAUGGGCGACGAUCUGCAAACCUACAGGACGUUAAUGGUAAUGGGAGUGCGUCUGGCCUCCUGGAACCAGAUUCUGGACCCUUGGGUCUACAUUCUUCUACGACGGGCCGUCCUCAGGAAGAUCUACCGCUUAACUACGGGUCGCAAAGACCUGAGAGGGAGCACAUUCCGGCGGUGGGAGAUUAGCUCUUUCCAGAACUCAGUUAAAAAAGAUAUUCAUCUGAAAUUAAGGAAUGAGGAAUUCCAGCGUGCGAGUUCUGCCACAAAAUAUGAAGGAUAAAUCAUUAGGAUGUUAUAUAUCAAAUCUUUGCACUGCAGUUUUACAGAAAACAGGUGAUGUGACCCUUUUGUUUGUUGGUGGAUAUAAGAGUAGUACACUGAGGGUUGUUCUCAAACUCAAACUCUCAACUCGUGCAUUAUAAUGGAGUCGGUCUAAGUUAAAGGAGUAAUUCCAACAGGAAUCACACUUUGCUUUAUCUUGAAAUACUCUUAAAUUAUGUAUUGCCAAAAAAAACGUAUCUAAUAUUGUAAGUGGAAUUUUUUUAAUAGUAAAACACGCAUGAUUUUUCCACUUUAAAUGCAUGUAAUGAUGCCAUGUGAAUUGUUAGUAAAAGGGUUGUUGGUUAUCAUAAAUGCCGGUGAGUCAAUGAAACUUUUUGAUGACUGAUGUUUGUAAGAUGUCUCUUUUAAAUCUGGAAUCAAUCCAUAUAAAGGAUUCCUAGAAUAGUCAGUAGCUAUAAUAAAUGGUGUGUUGCUUGUGUCGUUUUAUACCUGCACCAUUACACAUCUGUUUUGAGUUCUUUUAAUGUCAGCCUAUAUGAUUGAUAGUUAAAUUAUCCCUAUUGUGACUUUGUCCAAAUGGUUUUUAAACAUUAAAGGAAAGUUCACCCAAAAAUGAAAAUUCUCUCAUCAUUUACUCACCCUCAUGACAUCCCAGAUGUGUCUGACUUUCUUUAUUC